AGGUUCUUCCCUGGCUAGGGUUUUCGGGAUCGCAUGGCGGCAUUUGUCUGUUCUUCCCCAAUCCUGCUCUACAAUCCCCCGAUUCGUCCACACCAGCGAUCCAGCAUCGUCACGAGAACCUUACGAACCGAUGGCGCCAAUAGCAGCAACGGAUUCAGCGAGGAUCCAGUGAGCGGCAAUAAUCCCAUCUCCACUCGUCUCGGGCAGCUACUGGAAGCGAGAAGGAUCGAUCUGCUGGAGCGAUUCCGGGAGAUCCGACGCAAUUUGCCGCUCAAAGUGUUCUUGCUGCUGCUGGGAUUCUACUCGGCCAACGCCCUGGCCACGGUGCUGGGGCAAACAGGGGACUGGGACAUGCUGGUGGCCGCGAUCAUCGUGGCUGUGAUCGAAGGCAUUGGAUUUCUCAUGUAUAAGAUGCCGCCCGUGACGGAGAAGCUGCGAUUCCUGGUGAGAAUGCUCAAUUACUGGAAAGCCGGCCUCUCCUUUGGCCUCUUCGUCGAUGCAUUCAAGGUUGGAAGCUAAGAACCCUAAAAACAGAGGGGUACUUCCUGGAAUUCGAACCGGUGACCUUUGUGCUAUUUAUAUUAAUAGCAAACUCCAGUAACCAAGAAAGAUGGGAUGAUCGUUCUCCUUGUUCUAGCGUAUGGAGUUCUUCUUUUGUACGCUGUGACCGUCCAUCUCACCGUGAG